UGCUGGCGUUUUCGAUAAGAAGCACUGCAAAAAUUUAUUUCUAGUGCGAAAUAAAAGCCUUCUUUGUGUCGCAGAAUUUGUAAAUGGUGGAACUCUUGCGAAUGAGGACGGGCUUCCUAAACUUUUAUGUCGGCCUUGCGAGAGAAGGCUUGACAAUUUUGCCAAGUUUAGGAGAAUAGUGACUGAAACCCAAAGUUCUUUGACAUCGAAAAAGAGAUGCAUCAACGAAUCAUCGCCAUCUGUAGCCAUGAGCAGCAUUAAGAGUUCGAGAACCAGUGAAGCAGAUGGAAGUGUGGGCUCUCGCCGCAGCUUGUCUUUUGAUACUGCAAUUGAUUCAACGCUACAAGAAAUUGCCCCUUACCAGGACGCGUCAUUCGAUGAAAUACUAAAAAGGAUUAAUGAUGAAUUGCGUGAAGUAGCUAGAAGAGAGACGAAUUCAAAGCUUCGCAGCCGUCAUUUUGAGGGAUUGAGCACCUUUUCACCAGAGCAAAUCAUAGACGAGUUGCGCACGAUAUGCCCUGCGACUUACAGAAUUUUAGCAGAAAUGUUGGAACUCAAUAUUUCGGAAACGCGGAUUGUUCCAAUGACAUUGAUAUACGGGGUGAUUAUGUUCAAAAGAUGCCACGAGUUGAGUUAUUUCCAGCGUAUUAACAGUGUAAUUCUGGCGGAUAGUGGUGCGAAUACCGAGGUAUAUGAAAGGUUUAAUAAGUAUGGUAUAUGCCUCGAAAAGACAAAGAAAUAUACUAUUCAAGAUGAGAUUGGCACACACUUUCUUGACAAAGUGGUUGAAGAAGUGAAGGCUGGGAAAACUUUCUCCUUUGUACUUGAUAACAUUGACUGGGAGGAAAAGGUCCAUGAUAUGCGAUCUGAUCAUCAAAACAAAAGUGUGCAUGCUGUUGCAACAUCUGUAGUUUUUGAUCGCAUAUCAUCAAGCCAUUUGCAAGAUGAAGAGCCCCAGCAGUCGUUAGCUCAUACUGACAUAGCCAAGUUGGUUGGUCUAAGAGAUGAUGACCUGGCAAAGCAACACCAAGCAUACAAAAUGAUAGCGGCAAAAAUCAUGUUUCUUUCAAAGGAUGAAAAGAAAUAUGGCGAGAUUGUCGAUGUUCUGGAUCAGCUUGAAACAUGGGUCCAUAAGAGUUGUGCUAAAGCUGGACACAUUCCAGAUAGUGACACAUACAAUGACUGCAGUCAGUCUCAUUCUGAAGAUGAACAACACCUACUCCUGCCUGCAACUACUUCUAGACCAGAUCAACCAUUGUCACAUGUACAUCCUGUGGCUGACCCUAAUGACCCUUUGGCAACACUUAUAUUCAAGAUGCUAUAUAAAAAUUCUACACGAGCAAGGCGUACACUGAGGUAUUUCAGAGAGAAAUUACAACGCAGAAAUGUUACCCAGGAUAUUAAGCAUUAUGAGGAUUGUGAACAAUUAUUUCUCACGGUCGGCAGGGCAUACACCAUUGUAGCAUUGCUACAAUUUUUUGGAAUGGAUGAUAUCAAUGACUCUCCACAAAUCCAUAUUCCACCACAUGAUGUACUGCAUGGUGAUGGGGAAAAACAACAGUACUUUGAUGAUGUUCUGGAUAAGUUUGUGGAUGAGUACUUGUUUCCAGCUCAAAAUAACUCUGAGUCGGGUGAGGAGUCAGAAGAUGAGGACCACAUUGAUAGGAUUAUUCAGAGACGUUUGUUAAAAAGAUUGGUGCAGGAAACUUUAAUUGAAAUGGCUGUAUGGUUACUAUGA